AUGUCUCUUGGCCCCGGACCGGACGGGCUGCCGGUGGUGGUGUGGCAACAGGUGUGGCCCACCGUGAAACACUGGAUCGUCGAGAUCUUCCAAGCGUCACUCCGAUUGAGCUACUUUCCUAGCGCCUGGAAGGUGGCCAAGAUCGUGGUGAUCCCCAAAGGCGGACGUGACCCAUCGCUGCCGAAGUCAUACCGUCCCAUCUCGCUGUUGACCACGCUUGGAAAGGUACUAGAAGCAGUCAUCGCCAACAGAAUCUCCGCUCUGGUUGAGAAACACCAACUCCUACCCGCAAACCAUUUCGGCGCCCGCCGUAGGCGAUCCUGCGAACAGGCGCUCAACCUUCUAGUGGAAAAGAUACACGAUGCGUGGCGCGAAGGGAAGGUCCUCAGCCUGGUGAGCUUUGAUGUGAAGGGGGCCUAUAAUGGGGUACACACGGGUGUGUUACUGCGAAGGCUACGGGAAAGGCGAAUUCCGGAGGUCUUGAUCCGAUGGGUUGAAAGCUUUUGCUCCUCGCGGCGAGCAUCAAUCGUCGUGAACAUGUAUCAUUCCGAGGAGAUGGCCAUCGAGCACGCGGGCCUCCCGCAAGGCUCACCACUCUCUCCUGUCCUCUUCCUGUUUUUGAAUGCAAAUCUGGUGGAUGUCCCCAUUACUAAAAGAACGGGAGCGAUCGCUUUCGUCGACGAUUACACCCGUUGGACGGUGGGUUCAUCGGCCGACGAGAACACGGCCGUAUUGCAGCGGCAGGUCACCCCACACGCACUAGAAUGGGCGGCGCAGUCAGGCGCGGUGUUUGAGGCGGAGAAAACAUCCCUCAUCCACUUUGCGAGGAACCCCCGGCUUCGCCCACUCCCCGCGCUCCCGUUACACGUGAAUGGAGCGAUAGUCGCCCCAGCGUCCGAGGUCAAGAUUCUCGGCGUGAUACUCGAUCAAGACUUACGGUUCAAGUCACACAUCGGCAAGGCCGCGAACAAAGGAAUGAAAGCCGUUCUGGCGCUGAGACGACUGCGCGGGCUACCUCCUUCGGUUGCUCGCCAGCUGUUCACCUCCACAGUCGCAUCAAAGAUUGACUAUGCGGCAUCGGUAUGGUGCCCUCUACGACCGGAUGCGACCAUCGCGGCGGGCAUCAUACGGCCGUUGGAGACCGUCCAGCGUGUCGCGUCGCAGGCCAUCGUGGGCGUCUCCCGCAGCACGGCCCUCGCCAUUGCUGAGGCGGAGGCGGGCAUUGAACCGACGGUCGUACGUCUUCGCGCACGCAUUUUGAAGCAUUGGAUUGUCUGCCACACCCUACCACCGGACCACCCCUUUUGGGGCUGUCGAGCGGCAGCCGCCAUGCAGAGUGAGAGUCAUCGGUCACCGUUCAAAACGCUGGCGAAGCACGGACCACAAUGCCUGUCCGACAUGGAGGUUAUCCGACCAUUCCCUCUAGAUCCGUGGCAGCGGUCUCUUGGGGAGUUGAUUACCUUCGUGGGGUCUGACAUGCCGGAACUACACGAGGCCGGCCGCGCCCGCCUCUGGUUGUUCACCAGCGUUAGCGUCCGCAACGGGCUGGUCGGAACAGGGCUGGUGGUUCGCGUGAGCCACGUCGACGUAACCUCGUCGAGCCGGACGGUCGGCAGUGAUGACGCGCUCAAUGCCCCCUACGCACAGCUGGGGGUAGUGUUCGAGGCUGUCUCGUACGUCAGCGCGGCACUCCCUCGAAUCCCGAUAUCGCCGUGGAAACUAGACGUGACGGUCGUUGUGAACCACCCUGCCGUGCUACUCUCUCUCGCGAAACCCCAUCUCCAGAGUGGCCAGGCUCUCAUCGUACAGAUCACGGAAACAAUCCGCCAGCUGACGGAGGCGGGGGUCAAGGUCAGUCUGAAGCCCCCUACUGAUGAAGACCAGGAGAGUACUACGCGAGCACAUGCCCUCGCACGCAAGGCCACAGAAGUGAACAGUGAAGUUCUUGCCCCGCCCUGGGCGCGAGUCCAGCUCCGCGCGUCGGCGCUGCGAUGGGCUCGGGCGAAUACUAAUCAGCACCGGAAGGGUCAUUUCCGACUGUCGACCACUGGUCAGUUUACACGCCAGCUAGAUUCGGCUCUCCCGGGACCCCAUACGAGAAUACUAUAUGAUAGCCUGGAUCGGGAAAAAGCCUCGAUGCUCGCUCAACUCCGCACGGGACAUGCCCGACUCAAUGGAUAUCUCUACCGGGUCGGCAAGGCCGACAGUGAUAUGUGCGAGUGUGGUGUCGAGCGUGAAACAGUCCAACAUUUCCUCCUCCGCUGUACACGGUGGAAUGAACAUCGUCGCGUAGUAAUUGAAGCUGCGGGCUCGAGCUUCGGUGGUCUGUCACAUAUGCUAGGAGGUAAACCUGACAUGGCAGUGGAUACGAGUGAACUAAAUGGUAGAUUAUGGAAACCCGACGUCAAAGUUGUCAAGGCCGUCGUCGCAUUUGCAAUGAAAACGGGCCGGCUGGCUCCAGAAGGAUGA